AUGAAGUUCAACGCCCUUCUGCUGCUGUCAUGCACAGUUCAGGCACUUGCGGCGACAGUUGAUGACAGGAGGGAGCUGGUUUCGUCGAAGAAACUUCAGGAGAAGAUCACUACCAAGAAGCUCAUGGCAAACCUCGAAGCCCUAGACUCUAUUGCUAAAGCAAACGGUGGCAACCGCGCCUUUGGUCUACCUGGGUACGCCGCCAGCGUGGAUUACAUCCUUUCGAAGACGAAGCCAUUGAAGAACCUUCGUACAUGGGUCCAGGACUUUCCUGCUCUGUUCAGCCGGGUCGAGUCCAUCAAGUUCAGUGUCGAUAAUACGUCUUACCAUGUGAUUGGCUUGACAUACUCGCCAUCAACAACUCCCGAGGGAUUGACCUUGCCCCUCGUCCUCGGCGCUUCUGGCCCCGAGGGCUGCACCAACGAAUCGUACAACGAUCUCGAUGUUGAGGGCAAGAUUGUGCUUGUCCAGCGAGGAACUUGUCCGGAUGGAACUACACUUGCUGGCCGUGUCAAGCCUGCUGUAGCUGCGGGAGCUGCCGCUGUCAUCAUCUACAGUGAUGUCACCACCAACGUGACAGGUGGUACUCUUUCGGCACCGAACCCCGAGGCGUAUCGUUCUGCUGGCUACAUCAACAAGGUCGACGGCGAGGCUCUCGUUACGCGCCUCAAUGCUGGCGACGCAAUCGAAGCAUAUUUUCAGCAGACGCAGACCGUAGAGACCAGGAUAACGCAGAAUGUCAUCACCGAGACCAAGGGCGGCGACCCAAACAACGUAAUCAUGCUUGGUGCUCACCUCGAUAGUGUACAAGCAGGUGCCGGCAUCAACGACGAUGGCUCAGGUACUACUUUGAUUCUGGAAAUCAGCAGAGCUCUUGAACACUUUGGAGUCAAGAAUAAGGUCCGGCUGAAUUUCUGGGGAGCUGAGGAGAACGGUCUCGUAGGAUCAAAGUACUACACGCAGAACCUGAACAGUACAGAGGCGGACAAGAUCCUCGCCUACCUAAAUUUCGACAUGGUGUCUCGGGGUUACUUCGGCGUUUUCGACGGCGAUGGCAGCAGCUUCAACCUCAGCGGUGCUCCGGGUUCCGCGGCGAUCGAGAAACUCUUCGUUGACGAUUUCACCAAGAAAGGCAUCAACGUGACUGCCGCUCGCUUUAGCGGUGGUAGUGACUAUCAGUCGUUCAUGAACAUCGGGAAGCCCGUAGGAGGUCUGCACACCGGAACCGGAGUCGAGCAAGACCCUUGCUACCACCAAGCUUGCGAUACGAUUGACAACCCGAACCCAACGACGCUCACCAUCAAUGCCAAGGCAGCUGCUCACGUUCUAUCGAUUCUUGCCACAAAGGGACACGAGAUUAUCCCCAAGAGCCCUGUCAAUGCUAGCAUGAUCUCAACGAGGGGUCUGACAGGUAUCGAACUUCCUUGGACGGUACCAGAGGAUGGCGAGAGGCACUUGUUGACCUGUGGUCAGGAGGUGUAA